UCAUGCUCUCUGACUCAAAAGAUUGGUAUCUCUUUCGUCAGCUGUAUUUCACCCACAGGCAGGAUGAUUUUGAGGUGCAAUCUUUUGCUUGUGUGAUUGUCAUGGAAUUUUCUUGCUGUUUUUCAUCAACUUGAUCCUAACUUGGCACAAAACCUUCAGCUGGUUGUACUGCUAAGGAGCGGGCACAAUGGCAGCCAUAAAGCCCAAGCUGAAGGCGCUGAAAAAGCGUCGCUCUAGUCUUUUUGCCAGUGUGAAGCGGGAUCUGAGCUUUUCACAGAGCACAGAAGAAGAAGAAUAUAUAUUUCCCUUUUCACAGGACAGCUCAGUAAAACCAUGGACUUCGAUGGACAACCUCGACAGUCCGGAUGGGAAAAAAAUAAAGGCGGAAGAUUUGCCCAACCCCAGAAGAUCAAACAUGGUCAACCUAAAUAUAGGUGGAAAAAUAUUCCACAUCCCAAAGCACUUGGCACUCCGAUAUCCAAGGACCAGGAUCGGAACCCUUGCCCUGUGUGGUGAUCCAGUGAAGCGGCUCACUCUCUGUGAUGAUUAUAAUGUUGUGAGCAAUGAGUUAUUCUUUGAUAGGGACCCUAUGUUUUUCCAUUACAUAUUUCACUUCUACUGCAGCAAUGUCCUCUGGGUGAUGGACAGCCUCUGUCCUGUCAACUUUGAGGAAGAGCUGUCAUUCUGGGGGCUGAAACUGAAAGACACUCCAAGGUGCUGUCGGAUAUUGUUUGAGGAGAAGGUAGAUGACAUCAGAGACGAACUGAAGGUUAACCAGGAGCUGGUUGAUGAGAUUAAACCUCACCAGGAUGAUGAAUGCUACAAGACCAUGUUUCUGGGAGGUUUGCGAAAGAUUCUCUGGGAUUUGAUGGAGAAUCCAUACUCAUCCCUACCAGCCAAAGCCUUUGCUGUGUUUUCCAGUCUUUUUGUUCUCAUCUCCAUUGUGGCCAUGACAAUGAACACUGUACAGGAACUUAGGGAAUACAAAGUUGCAGGCAAAACCUUCAUGGAAUGGGUGGAGAUUGCUUCCAUCCUCUUCUUCACUCUAGAAUACUUUUUACGUCUAGUCACCACUUCCAACAUCAAACAUUUUUUGAGGAGUGCCCUCAAUUUUGUUGAUGUGGUCGCUGUCAUGCCCUACUUUGUCCAGAUAAUCGUUGAGACAUUUGUUAUAGAUGCAGAAGAUGCUAGUGCAAAAGAAGAUCUGAAAGCCAUGUCGCGAGUCAGUAAGAUCAGCAAGGUGCUCAAAGUGGUCAAGCUGAUGCGAAUCUUUCGUAUCCUUAAACUCGCUCGUCACUCCACUGGCAUGAGGGCCUUCGGCUUCACCAUCCGCCAGUGCUCUGAGCAGGUAUGCUGUCUGUUUCUCUUCAUCGCCAUGGGCAUCUUCACCUUCUCUGCUCUCAUGCAUUCUGUUGAGGCGGAUCAGCCUGGGACUCCAUUCAGCAGCAUACCAGAUGCCUGGUGGUGGGCCGCAGUGAGCAUCUCUACUGUUGGUUAUGGAGAUGUCGUCCCAGUCUCCUACCUUGGCCGCUGCGUGGCAUUUGCCUGCAUCUCUUUUGGCAUCAUUCUUAAUGGAAUGCCCAUUUCCAUUCUUUUCAACAAGUUCUCUGACUACUAUGCCAAACUGAAGGAGCAGGAAUAUUCAUUUUCCAACACAGAGCGCACAUUCCAGCUCCGGAGAAGGCUGCGGCGUAAAUUCGACCGCUGCUUCGAACCGCCACCUGAAGAUUCAGAUGAUGAAAUUCACUAUCGCCCCAGUGGAAGACAUACUGACUUUGACUACGACUUUGAGGAUUGAGACUUUGCCACCUAAUUGUAUCAUCUCUAACCCAAAAUGGCCUUAUCACCCAUGGGUCUGGAGAAUAUAAAGACCCCAUCUGCCUGGAUUGCUGAGCCUAUGGAGCUGAUCUGAUUAAUCUAAGGAGAGGACACGGA